CUACAACAACCGUGCGCGGUUAAGGCUGCCGCUGUUGAUGUGGACGGUCCCGCUGCCCCACCCUACGACCUGGAUGCGAUAAUAAAUCAGAUUUUAUAUCCCAAUCCGGUUUAUCAAUUGCAUGCCUCCGCUCUACGCAGCCAAUUACACAACCUACUACGCGAACGGCAAUUGGAAGAUGCUGCCGCCGCCGCCACUGAACAAGCCUCGAAUGCAGCUGCUCCCGAUUAUGACUACUUCGACGAAGAUAAACGCUCUCUAGCCGCAUUGGCCGCACAAGGCUUGCUACAUCCCAAACGUAGCCUGGCAACGCUCGCCAAGAACGGACAGUUGCCCUCAUUACCCGACCCGGACGAUGAAGAACCAACUGUGCAGAACGAAGAUAAGCGUUAUGUGGGCGCGCUAGCACGCAGCGGUGGUUUUGCCACCUACGGCAAACGCAACAUCGGCACACUGGCGCGUGACUAUCAGCUACCACAGAAUGGCAAACGUAAUCUGGCUACACUGGCACGACUGGGAUUGCUCAGCAAAAGCGAAGGCAACAAGCGCAAUUUGGCCGCUGUGGCACGUUACAAUUCGCAUGGACGUCAAGCAACCAUUGCACCGGGUGAAAAGCGAAAUAUUGGCGCAUUGAAGAGUUCACCGGUGCAUGGUGUACAGCAGAAGCGUGAUGAGGAUGAGGUCUACUUACCGGCAACUUACUUUGGCAGCGAUAUGGAUUAUGCUGAUUUUAUGCCCAACUAUUGGAUGUACCCAAGCUAUGCCGAUUUGGAUUGGGGUGACUUUGGACGCGCACAAAAACGCUUUUUAGAUACCUCCAGGAAUCCUGAACUCUUCGGCAUCGAAAAUGCUUUACCACCCGCCGAACCGGACUUUAUGCCGCUGAUUGGCGGCAUCGAUGAUCCCGGCGAAGAAGCUGCCGCGCUUGCGGACCUCUCGAAAGAUGACGCCGCAUCAGCUGGAGGACCCUACGGCCCGCCGCCGCAAAAACGUCACAUUGGCGCAGUCUAUCGUUCGGGCUUCUUGCCCUCUUAUCGUGCACUACGCAGCACCACUGGCACCUACGGCACUUACGGCAGCGGCAUUGGCGGUGGAGGCGGGCGUUUUAGUCGCUCGGGACGUGCCAGGCAAUUUGUCGAAUACUACCCCCCACACGAGCGACUGCGUCAACCCAUCGCGGCCGUUUGUAAACGCUGUUUCCUACCCUACCGCCCAGUGGUGCACUGGGGCGGUGCUGCCGGUAUACGCGGCCGUCUAACAACCAAUAAAAAUUAUGCCUACACUAACACCGAUGAUGCCACCAGCAGUAGCAUACUGACUAACGCGCUGCCGACCACAAUUAAUCGGCCGCCGAUUGCUUAUGCCUCAACUGCAAAUAGUAAUUAUUAUAGUAAUGCGAAUAACAGCAACAAAAACAACAGCCGAAAGAGUACAUUACGAGCGCGUGCCAGAAUGGCGGGUGGCGGCGUUAGCCGUACUAGUUCGAGC